AUGUACACCCCGGGGGGGCCGGGGCUGCCCGGCGGGCGACGGCGGCGGGGAGCGGCGGGGAGCGGCCUGCCCAAGCAGCCGGAGCGCAGCCUGGCCUCGGCGCUGCCCGGUGCGCUCUCCAUCACGGCGCUCUGUACGGCGCUGGCCGAGCCCGCCUGGCUCCGCAUCCACGGCGGCACCUGCGCCCGUCAGGAGCUGGGCGUCGCCGAUGUCCUCGGCUACGUCGACCCCGAGCUGCUGCGAGAUUACUGCAUGAACCCGCAGACGGUCCUGCUGCUCCGGGUCAUUGCCGCCUUCUGCUUCCUGGGAAUCAUCUGCAGCCUCUCGGCUUUCCUCCUGGACGUCUUCGGUCCCAAGCACCCGGCGUUAAAGAUCACUCGCCGCUACGCUUUCGCUCACAUCCUCACAGUCCUGCAGUGUGCCACCGUCAUCGGCUUCUGCUACUGGGCCUCGGAGCUGAUCCUCGCCCAACAACAGCAGCACAAAAAGUACCACGGCUCCCAAGUCUACGUCACCUUCGCCGUCAGCUUCUACCUGGUGGCGGGCGCCGGGGGAGCCUCCAUCCUCGCCACCGCCGCCAACCUUCUGCGGCACUACCCCACCGAGGAAGAGGAGCAAGCCCUGGAGCUCCUGUCCGAGAUGGAGGAGAACGAACCUUACCCAGCCGAGUACGAAGUGAUCAACCAAUUCCAGCCGCCGCCGGCGUACACCCCCUGAUGCCGCCGGCACCGGGACGCGGUCGUGGCUUUCUCCCACCCCCAAACUUCAUUUUUUCAGCACCUCCUUCACCCUUCUGAUCCCUCCCACGCAGAGGAAAGAACUUUCCGGGUCAGAUGACCGGUGUUUUCUUCCUAUCCCUUAUUUUAUUAACUCCACGGCGUGACUUUUAACCCUGCACCAGCUCGGCUGGCCGAAAUAACGACGGCGUCAUCCCCCGGCAUGAGGGGCGGUGGGAUCUGCUCUUCCCCGUCGGAGAUCUUGUCCCCACCCUGCGCCAGGAAAUCACGCUGGAUUCCCAGCCUGGCGUGCGGUGAACUCUGUCCCUCCUCUGCCGAGGCGUGCCGUACACCUGGAGAAAGGCGUGACGCACGCGUGUGUGUAUAUAUUUAUAUAUAUAUAUAGGGGAAACGCCCGUCACGGCGUGCCGGUGGGAGAGGAACGGCCCUUUAUAGCGACCGUACGGCAGGAGGGAGGUAGAGCGAACCCCCCCUCCGCUCUAUCCGCUCCUCUUUUCUGACUGGCGCUGACCACGCGAGCAUUUUGCACUUUAUUUCAGGCUCCGGGGAGGACGGUGACAUUUUUGGGGCCAGCUGCCGGAGACUGUCACCGCUGUAAAACCCCCUUCACGAGCGGGCGGUGCAGCGCGAGCGGGUUUCAAAGCUUUUCUGCCACCGCUGGCAGUUUUCGGGGGAGCUCUGUCCCCCCUCACCGCAGCACCCAGCUCCUGUCGGCAUCUCGCCGAGCAAAUCUUGGGGGUUUUUUUAGCCGAGAUACAACCGGACUUUGGUACAGCGAUGGCUCCCGGGAAGCGGGUUGAGCCUGCGCUGGAAAACCAGCGUCUCUGCCUGUAGCUUUUAUGCAAGCGCCUGACCUCCGCGCCGAUCUGACUCUCCUGCUUCUUGCUCCCACUUUUAAUCUCGGUAUUUUUCUGUCCCGCUCUUAGUUUAUUGCCCCAUUUCCCUUCGCAAGCCCUGAGAGAUGCCUGACCUCGAGGAGCUGAACCCUUUCCUGGACGGUGCCGGAGAGCCGAGGGAAAGCCGAUCUGGCGCCUCCAGACCCUGCAGCCAAACCCGGAGGAGGUAGCUGGCAGGGACGGAGCGGGGAUUUUUGGGGACUGUUUAAAGAAAACCAAAUAGGAAAAAAAACCACGUAGGGAUGUAUUGACCCGAGCGCUGCAGCACCGGAAAACUCAAGGCUGGCUCUGCGGCAGGGUGCGGUGGUUUAGGGAAGGAAUUUUAGGACAGGUUGUAGGCUCCCGGUGAUCCCUCUAAUGCUUUUAUUACCUAUUUUCUUGCUGCCGGCUGUUUUGCCCAGCUUGGCCCUUUUUUCCCCCGCCCUGCGCCCGCAGCAGCGCUGGCUAUGCAACAGCUUCGGCCGCUCGCCGGGGCUCUGGCUGGUGCACGAAACCGGAAAACUUGAGCCGGGGAGAGCGCUGCCCGCUCCCUGCAAGACUUGAAGGAGGAAAAUCAGCCCCUUAAAACCCUCGAGGGUUUUGAUGGAAGGGUGGGGAGAGGCCGGCGGUGGGGUGGCCAAGGGGGUUUAGCGGCCGCGGGGCCGCUCCUCUUCCUCCUCUGUCCCACCUCCGGGUCCUCCGCCAAAGAAAACAUCCCGCCGGCUCUUCCCCGGCAUCCGGCCGGCGCGGCAAUCCGGCUGGAAAACAGUUUGGAUUUCCCCACCGGUGACUUAUAUGCAAGAGAGGGGUUUGGGUGUAAAUAGUCUGUGCAUAAACACACUGUAUUUCUGUAAAAAAAAAAAAAGCAAACCCCAAAAAGAGACAAAUGAUGUCAUUCCCCUCCCCUGAUCCUCGACGGAAUCCAGAUGGGGCGCA